AUGGUUAACGUACCAAAAACACGCCGUACAUUUUGUAAAGGUAAAAAUUGCAAAAAGCACACAUUACACAAAGUAUCGCAAUACAAAAAAGGCAAAGAUAGUGUUCAUGUUCAAGGUAAACGUCGGUACGAUAUGAAACAAAAAGGUUUUGGUGGUCAAAAGAAACCUGUGUUUCAUAAAAAAGCCAAAACAACAAAAAAAAUCGUACUGAGAAUGGAAUGUACCGAAUGUAAAUAUAAAAAACAAUUGCCUAUAAAACGAACAAAACACUUUGAAUUGGGUGCCGAAAAGAAGAAGAAGAAUGAAGUUAAAAAUUAUUAA